AUGAAACUUCUUUUUCAAGAAGAAGCGGAUCAUUUCCAAGUGAAUGCAAUGAUCAUCGAAGAAAAUGGACACGAUGGUAGAUCAGUGCUGGCUGAUUUUCUUGUUCGCCCACGAAAUGAUAGCGAAUUCGUUGCGCAAUUUCGGUUUCGCCAAGAGUGGUUUGACGAUCGUCUUCGGUUUAUGGACCAUCAGGAGAAUCGCUUCUUGAAGAUUCGCUCAGACGGGAAACUCAUUUAUGAUAGAAGAUUAACACUUCACUUAGCGUGUUCCAUGCAUUUAUCGCGUUAUCCAAUGGACUCACAAUUGUGCGAAAUCGCUUUUGCAUCAUAUGCCUACACCACUGAUGACAUAAAAUAUGAAUGGGAUACGGAGGCUAUCCGAAUUCAUGAUGGCGCCAACGGAGCUCUACCAAAUUUUGACAUCGCUAUGUUCAGGAACGGAACCUGCCAUUCCAAAACGAAUACGGGUAUAUAUCUCUCAAAUUUCAGCAUUAGCGAAAAUCCUCUGAUUUUUGAAAAUGUUUCUUCCCAUUUUUUCAAGUGCAAACAGCAGUGCGACGGAGGUCAUUACGAUUUCUGCAGGUGUCGAUGUAAAUACUGUUGUUAAAG